UCAAUUAUACAAAAAUCAGAUUAUUAAUGGAAAAUUAGCUUUUGUUUAGGAAUUUCGUUCCAAACUUCAUCUAAAAGUAGCAUUGAAGUUUCGAAAAAUUGAUGCCGUGUCAAAAAGAUUUAUACUGUUGAAUGCUAUAGUAGUAGUAAUCUAGUUAAAUUUAUAGUUUGAUGGCAAUAUUUGUUUGGAAAAUAUUUGGAUAUAAGCAUAUAUAGUAAAUUUGAUCACGCAAUGCAUUCUUUAUGCAGAGGCUCCAAUUAAUGCUAGGGGCUUGGCUAAUUCUACAAUUGAAUCCUCAUUUGGCACAACAAGCUUCCCUGCUGCAGAUGCAACUAGCAACAUGUCCAAUAGGACUGGACAGAGUGCAGCAACUGGCAAUGAUCCACGAAGCACCACUGAGAAAUCUAAAAAGGGAGGAAAAAUCCGAUCUCAAUUAUUACACCCACCUGGAGAAAUCAAGGGGCAUACUUCAUCUCCCCUUGCAUUCUCUGUUGCUGAUGAUCCAUCAGAGCUCAGAUGUCUGAAGAAAAAUACCAACUUGAUGAGAGUCAACAAAAUACUAAAAGAUGUUACUUUGCCUACAACCAACAAGGUGCGGAAAAAUCGUCGCAUGUACAGAGCAGGAGACUACUGGCUUGGUCCAUAUCUUGGAUCAUCACCAGUCAAUUCUGUUGUCCAGUGCUUAGCUAGAAAAGUUGGCACAGAUGAGUUCUAUACAAUGAAGGUGCUCACCAUUUAUGAAGGAGAAGAUGAAACACAGGAUGAUCGACAAGGAAAAAUGCUUCUUCAUACUGAACAUUCUCUAUUGUCCAUGUUGAAAGACACUCCUGGAGUUAUUGGGAUGCAUGCUCUCUUUCAGGAUUAUGCCUUUGACUGUGUGCGGAGGUGUUCACCAAUGCGGCCGUCACAUGUGAAGGCUUCAGUUAGCAUGCGCAAGAAAAACCAAACUCAGAGGCAGCGGUCACAAAACGUGGGUUCCUUAAAGAAAAUUCCCAGCUUUCGUCCCUCCAAUGAACGCUCAUCAUCUCAGAGGCGGCAGUCAUCGGCAUCAACUUCACGUGCAGCUCCAGCCAACUCUGCCACCAUACGGCCUGCUUCUGCAAGCACAGCAACACCAAACCUUACCGCGACGCUUCCUUCUGAACCAACUUCAUCUGCUGAUGACGGUUCAGUGUCAACCUUCCAACCAACUGCCACACUGCCAUCUUUAUCAACAAGUUCCACUUUCGUGGCGGCAGCUGCAGUUCCCGCGACAUCAACUGUAAGCUCGGUUUUUGCUCUCCCACCCCCGCCGCCUCCCCGGAGGCGUAGAGGGAAUUUCUCAUCGUCAAGAACUAGGGGCAACAUAAAUUCAUCCCGUCAAGCCAACACGCUACCUCGUUAUGUGACAAUACCUCGGCAGUCGGGACGUAGAUAUCAUAGAAGACUGCAAAGCACAGAAUCUCAAGGGCUAAGGGCUAGAGAAGCGCUUCGUCACCGACGUAUAGUAGAGGACUCACGAAGAACUCGAGCAUCCACAUCUUCGCACAGGUCGUCGUCUUCCACAAGGAACUCUGGGGAGGGCAGGAGGUUCAUUCCUCGAUUUUUGGGGAUCGGACAUAGAGGAAGGUUCGGCCCCAUUGACGACUUUCUUUACGAUGCAGCGGACGUGUCUGACCCUCGGGACCUUGACUGCUUGUACACGGGCCGCAUCGUGCGCAGGUUGUGUCUUGUGCUGGACUGCGUGACGCCACACGAGUUCUCCAACAAGACGGACCAUCUCAUGAACCUGCAGCAUUACGUUAUCGCCAGGCAAGCCCUGCCCGAGCUCGAGGCUCUCACUAUUCUGUACCAUACAGCUGCUGUGGUUCACAGCAUACAUGAGAAAAACAUCGUUCAUCGAGACCUGAAGCUCGGGAACCUGGUGGUGGAGCGGGGCAGCGGUCGCGUCAUCCUGACUAACCUGUGCCUCGGUCAGUUCCUCAUGCCGGGCUGCCCCAAGCUGCAGGACCAGCGGGGCUCCCCCGCAUACAUUUCCCCGGACGUGCUUUCUGCUCAGCCUUACCGAGGCAAGCCGUCUGACAUGUGGUCGCUGGGCGUGGUUCUCUUCACGAUGUUGUACGGACACUUCCCCUUCUAUGAUAAGGUGCCGCAUGAGCUCUUCAAGAAGAUCAAAGCUGCCAAGUACAUCAUACCCAGGAAUGACAACGUGAAGGGCGACACCGUGGAUCUGAUCCACUGCCUGCUGGAGGUGAAGCCGAGCGUCCGCUACACGUCUGGGCAGCUCCUGGCGCGGCUCUCGGCCAGCAUACCUGCGAGGUUGGCGCUCGAGUCCCGCCGUGUCACUCCUCACGUAUUUCAGAUCGUCCCUGAUCUGGACGACCGCUUGAAGGAUGCUUUGAAACGCUGCGCCUCUCCUCCUGGUCCUCUGAGCCUCGUUUCCCCAGAUGCCACGCCCUCCCCAUCCAUCCUCCCCAUGAGCGGACCGAGCUCCUUUUCCGCAUCUUCUUCCCUGCCGCCUUCAGUUACCUCAGAUUCUGGGGAAGGAGGCGCCAGUUCUACGACAUCGGCUUCCGGGUCUUCCUCCUCGACUUUGUCCUCGCCAUUUGACCGAGAGCGACCUCAGCAGCGUCUGCAUCAGCAGCUUCAGCAGCUGCAGAUCAUCCCGCCAAAUAGACUUUUUCUGUCAUCUCCCAACCCGGACGGGAUGCAAGAAGUGCCUGAGGUGCGCAUCCACUCCUCCAUUUCCAGAAUUCUAGUUGCGCCUGGAACGGUCAACUCAAAUGGACAGAAUUCGGGCUCAAGUUUACCUUCGAGCGUCACGUCGAACACCUUCUUGCCUUCUCUGUUCUCCUCACGAGGCGGGUCCAGUUUCUCGCCUCUCUUCCGGACCUCAGGGUCCAAUUCUGGGAUCGGAGCUUCUGCGCCGUCGUUGACUGUGUCCGCAGCACCGCCAGUCUACCAAGCCGUGCCGUCUGCUGACCUGCACAGCGGCUCUCUAUCAGAUUUCUCAGUGCCGGCAACCCGUAGCCCGUUUGUUUCUGAGUCUCCUUCUUUAUAUUCUCUGUCGCCAUUGGCCGAUGUAGCCGUCAUGGAUAUCUACACAGAUGCUGACGCCACGUCAUCUGCUGGAAUAGUGUCGUCUGUGGGAUCUUCUGGUGUCUGGACUACAGGCGUCUCAAGCAGGCUGCUCGAUUCAUCUCCUCUGGCUUCGCCUAAUUCCUCAUUCACGUUCAAUUUCAACGCCGCGACGACAGCUGCACGACGUAACCCACCCUUUACGGCGCGACGUAAUGUUCACGCGUCACGUCGCGGUGGCAUAACGUCGACCACGUCACGGCGUGGCGGCGUCACGCCCACCACGUCACGACGUAAUGCUCUCACGACUACGUCGUCCGUGUUACGGUCCAGUGAGCUGCGAUGGUCGUCGCCGUGCUCUUCUGGCCGUACCAGGACCGUGGCCGCACGGUCGUCGCCGAGCACCACGGCUGCUGUGCAGACGAGGUCCCUGGAAGGCACUUCGUCCUCAAACGACAGUGAACUCGACAGCCUCAUCCAUAGGAUGAAGCAGGAGCGUCAGCUACGCGGCAACAACAGCAUUGGGAACAGCUCAGGAAGUGGGCCCUCGAUGAGGGACCCCCAGCUGCCCCCCAUGGCCCCCCUGAGCACGGCGAGCAGAUCAGGCUCGUCCCUCAUCCCUCACAGUUACGGCGAGAUCACCGCCCUCACUCCCGACCAACUGCUGGCACUGCGGGACCUGUUGCCACCGCUGCCUGAAUUCAGCUCUGCUUCCCGUCCCCGCGCUGUGGUCGCGACCGGAACGUCUUUUAACAACAUCAGUCAGGCGCCACCAACCUCGACCACCGACCCCCUCAAUAUGAAUCCAUUGUGGCAUCGGCUGGGGAUUAAUCGCCUCGCGCCUUCCUUGAGAACACCUUUCUUCUUUUCUUCCUUGGCAAGACCUCACGCCUCGUGGUCCUCCUCAUCCUCCACUGAAGGCCUGUCACGACUCGUGUUGUCAAGGCAGCAGCCACAACAGGGCCAGAGCUCAUCUAACUCUGCGUCUUCGACUUCCACUUCGACUCAAACUUCAUCUGAUGGAGCGACACCACCGACAGAUGGAGUUCCAAGUGAAAUCAAUCCCCAGUCAAAUGUGGUUCAAUCGUCGGUACAUGUUCAGCAUGGAUCAGAUGCGGUUCAGGCUCCAACUUAUUCGGUUCAAUUGCCUUUUAGUUCAGGGGAAUCGUCCUGUACCUUCGCGCAGGUUAGUUCAAACACCAUACAGACUUCUUCCAGCUCAGCUCUGUCUUCCGUUAUCACUAACUCAACCACUUCACUCACACCAGUCCUUUCCUUGCAAACAUCAUCUCCUGCGAGUCCCUCUUUUCGCGCUUCAUCUCUUUUGACGACGGACUCCGCGUCAAUGACGGGUCACCAGCAGACGUCUGAAGACGUGGCGCGCGAAGUAUCCGGUUUUCCUGGAGGUUCAGGAACGACAUCCAGCGGGGCUUGCAUGUCAUCAGCUACAUCUUCUACUAGCAUGUCUGAAACGUUGUCUAAUGUUAAUACUGAAUCUCCAGGCUCGUCUGUUUCUUCCAGUGCAUCUGCUUCACUGCCCAGCAUGUCUGGCUUAUCUAGCAUGUAUCGGACAACCCCUCGUAGGUCUCGUGCUCGGCGAACAAAUUCAAGUGCGCCUUACCACGUGAACUUGAGGCCACGGAGAGGCUCAAUACAAGGGUCCACCAGCCCGCAACGAGGAACAACCCAGCCCCUCAUGAGUCCACGUCACCGACGUAGCACUCGGUCGUCUUCCAGGCCUCCCACGCACGUCUUCAUGUCCUCAGAUGACGACUCCAUGGAAGAACUUUCGCCUCCUACGCGCCCAGACAGUCGGCAACGCGUGUCUUUUGACCCGUUGGCCGAGGACGCGAGUUCUUCGUCCAGUUCAGACUAGUGAAAAUCUUGUAACGCUUUAUUUUGUUAUUGUUGAUCCUUUGAUUAUAUAGGCAUGUUAAAAUUAAUAA